GGCUUAAGUUUUUUAAACGUUUUACCGAUGUACUUUCUUGAAAAGCGCGAUUGUAAAAGCUUUUCUUUGCUCGAACGCUUAUUACAAUUACCUCGUUUGGAAACCUUUUAAAACUAAACGAAAUUAUUAUACUUAAAAAAAGAAAAUAUUUAAUAAUAACUUUUAAACAGUUUCAUCGCGUUUGUAUUUAGUUUUAUUAACGUUUCGGAUAUCGGUCCCUUUACAGGUUUGGUGUUCACAUAAGACUCCAUCUCUAGAAUAAUACCCGAGGCUACUGAAAUUACCCCUCCCCCCAUUAGUCCCCUCUUUCCUGUGGAUAUCUGUGCAUUUCUACACCUCUCGAUUGCCUCAAUCAUUUUGAAGAACCACGGAGCAUGAAAAUGUCACAUACAUGCCAAGAUUUUAGUGAAAAUAUAAAUCUUAGAGAAAUGAUACUGAAUACUGAUAUAAAUACGACGGAAGACUUGGCUGUACGUAUUAGAAUCCCCUUGUCUUAAAUUCAUUUAAUAAAUAAUGUCAGCAUAUGAAAAGAUAAUAGCAGUGAUAGCCAGUAUGGCUUAGUUCCUUGGCCUGUCCCAUUGACGAAACUACUACUGCUAGACAAAUGUCAGCACAGAACUGUCAGUCGGUGACGUGAAUCUGCCAAAAAAUGAUAUUUUAGAUUUUAUUAUUUUUCUUUCACCGAAUGGGUUACAAGUAUCAUAUUUAAUUUACUUCGUUAAAAGCAAUAUAGCUAAAAGUAUUUUUUGAAAAAAUACUGCAUGCUUUAAUUUCAAGAACUUGAUAAGUGGGUGGAUUCUAAUAUUUGUGUCAUGUCUGCAAAAUUGACCAAUUUUGCUGAUGAUGAAAAAUGAAGGGUGUUGAUAACUCUCCAGCUGAUCGGGAAGGCAUGACACAUAAACCUUUAAUAACAUGUGCAGGAGACUGGAAUUUAUUUUGUACAUUAGAAGCACCUCUCGUAGCAGCUAUACCACAGGAUUCUUGUGAGUGGAGGCGAUCAUAUGGUAGACCUCCAAAAUCUGUAUAUUUGGAGGCAUCAUUUGUGAAAUAUAAUAAAGACAAAGUUCAGGUAGAACUGAACUUAUUAAAACGCCCCAUCUUUCACAUCUAUUGGACUGACUGUGUUGACAUUGAAUACUACAAAACUACAUUAAGAGAAGACGUAGAAUCAUGGUUCAAGCAGUUGGAAACAAAUGGUAUUACAGAUUGGAUGGUGGUUUUAGUUGAAACAUAUGACAUUCGUAAGACUAACAAACUAUUGCCGAGGACUACAGUGUUAGACAAAAUUAAAGGAGAAUUUGCCAUAAAACAGACUGAAGAUAGAUUCCUUUCCGUUAUUAAUCCCAUCAAGUCGGAAGCAAGAAGCGCAGAAUCAUGGCGUGCAUUGGUGGCAAAAAUCAGACAUUUUGUCCUAGUAGCUUACAACAAAGCUCUUAUAAAGUUCGAGGAACAUAUGAGAGAACAGAGAGAGAAACGGAACGAUCCUGAAUGGGAUUUUUGUAAAUACUUCAUAUUACAGGAACAACUAGCAUUUGUGUUGGAAAUGUUAGGAUUGUACGAAGAAGCCUUGGUCCAAUAUGAUGAAUUAGAUGCUCUAUUCUCUCAAUUUGUACUCAAUUCAAAUGUGACAGAGAGCCCAAAAUGGCUGGACACAUUCAAGCAGCCAGUUACGUCGUGGCAUGCAGUAAGAUUGACAGCAUUGGUACCACAACAUUUGAGGGAUCUCAUAAUAAAGAAAAAGGCUUCGAUUUUAGAUUUUCGGAGUUAUCUCUUUCAACGUCAAAGUGCCAUGUUGUUACUUAUGUUUAAACCUUGGGAGAUCGCAUCCCGAUGUCUCAGCACCGUCCAUAAUACUUUGGUUGAGUUGGAUCUGUUGGGUGCCGCUGCGGUGGAGGGUGCCGCGGCGUGUUGGGCGCAAUUAGCGUGCGCGGAGACGUUGCGCGCGUGCGAACGUCUCGCGUCCAAUAACAAUGCCAUAGAGAUGUGUACGGCCACUCAAGCGCCAUUACUUCACAAUGCCAAAGAUAAGGUAUGUAAGGUAUUUAAAAUUAAUAAAAUUUAAGACAAAUUAUUGUCAAACGACUCUUUAAUGCGUUACCCCUUAUUUAUUUAUUUAAUAAUUUAUGCACAUUUAAAGACGUGGGGAAGCCAAUGCGAGUAGGGUGCACAUUUAAAAUAAACAUUUAUCAACAAAAAUAUACAAACAUUUAAUAUAUACUUACAUAUAUAACACAUAACGCGUAAAAAAAGAUAUCACAGUUAUACAUAAUAAACUACAUAAUUCACAUAUAAAUACAUAAAUUUGUGUAUAUAUACUAAUAAAUAAAGAUGACUAGUUAUUACGAGUCCGCCUGUUUCGAUAUAUAGCUACGUAAUUUGUUUUUAGUAAUAUCAGUUCAAUAAACUGGUUCGUGAACAUUGUCAUAUACUUGUAAAUCAGUCCCAUCGUAUUGGGUUUAUUUUUCCAAAUAUUGUAAUUUCAUGUAUGUCUAUAUUAUUAUAUAUGUAGCUGUAUUAUUUUAUGUACUUUGGUUUAUUUUUCUUCUUAAAAUCGUGAUCUAUCUAUAUGUCACCGGAAAAUAACAAGAACCGCAAAUUGAUAA